CCCACCGCCCCUUCUGCGCCGGCGCGCCGCGCAGUCCCGCCCCCUCCUUCCUGCGGCGCUCUAGGGACCAUGGCCGAUCCUCGCGUGAGGCAGAUCAAGAUCAAGACCGGCGUGGUGAAGCGGUUGGUCAAAGAAAAAGUGAUGUAUGAGAAAGAAGCAAAACAGCAAGAAGAAAAGAUAGAAAAGAUGAAGGCUGAGGACGGUGAAAACUACGCCAUUAAGAAGCAGGCAGAAAUCCUGCAAGAGUCCCGGAUGAUGAUCCCAGAUUGCCAGCGCCGGUUAGAGGCUGCAUAUACUGAUCUUCAGCAGAUAUUAGAAAGUGAAAAAGACUUGGAAGAAGCCGAGGAGUAUAAAGAAGCACGUGUAGUUCUGGAUUCAGUGAAGUUAGAAGCCUGAAGUUUUGCUGUACAGGGUGUUUUUUGCAUUAAAUCCUGGGGUCCACUCUACAAUUCGUUAUUUUUGGCCACUGCUGUGUUUAGUAAUAUGAAAAUGUGGUUCUUUUUAUGCAGUUGCAUAUAUUUUUCUUUGCAUAACUUAAUGUGUCAAAUGAAUGAGUUCAUCUAAUAAAAUUGUUUAUUUCAUACUUUACAAAAAUUUCAGUUGGCCACUUAGUUAAAUGGUUGUUCAUUAAGUCACAUAGGUGUUUUUGACAUAUGUCACUUUCUAUCUGAAGGUUAAAUUGUAAUUGUAGACUGGUUUAAAAAUAGAGUACAUCAGCUGGGGAGACCAGGGAGGAGUCUGUCUGUGCAGAUGUGGGAGCCCAUGUCCCUGCUGGGCAGACUUCUGGUGCGGCCUUUGGGCAGAGUGGCGCCCACACCCCUGUGGGUAACCCCCCACUUACUCUCUGUAAGAGUUCCCAAUAAACUCAUGGGUUCCCCAGCUUGAAUUGUGGCAGAAUCAUGCCUUGGUGUGUGUUGGGCCCUUGACUUGGUUUGUGUGUCCCCACGAAGGAAUUCAGCAACGUGACGGCACAGCCAAAAGUGGACUGGAGUUUGUACUUCUUGUCCUGUUUUGGUGUGGUGCUAGUGAUGGACCUCGGGCUUCAGACAUGGAGGCCAAGUGCUCUGCCACCAAUUCACCUCUCCCGCUGGAGUUUUGACUUCCUUCCUAUUCUGAGAUAGGCUCUGGUUAAGCUCCUCGGGUUCCCUGAGCUCACAAUAGAGUUCACAAAGGCCUCAAACUUAAUUCUGCCUGUCUCAGUCUCCUGACUCGCUGAACUUACAGAUCAUUGCUACCAGGUGCAGCCAAACUGUCUUCAUGACUGGAAACAAGUAUCAUUUUGUCACCAAGUAUUUUUCCUGCAGGAUUAUAAGCCUGUUGGCAAAUCAUUUAAGGUUUUGUUUGUUUGUUUUUUCUCUAGAGUAUACAACUCACUUAGUUUCUUAUAUGCCUAGAACAUGUGGGUAACUUCACGGCCUCAGCUAAACAUGGCAUUGAUACAGUGAACCAAAAUAGUACUAAAUAACAUAGGAAGUGUAAAACCACGAUGGAGAAAAGACACAGGGCUAGAAGUGCUUACAGUGGUGGUGUGUUGAUCUGGUUUUCUGGACAGCAUGUACCCUCCUCCCGAUUUAGUCUCUUAUUUGUACUUGGCUAUGGGAAGAUCAGACCUAGUGAGUCGUUUUUCCCCAGUGAUCCUGACAGGAGCUUUCCGGUUGAGCUUUCAUCAUUUGCAUUUCUUAAUGGGUGUUAAUUUCUCCUUAGCCUGUACUGCACCAUGUAAACAGUUCUUAGGAAGAAAUAGGACAGGGGCGGGAGGGGGGUACACUGAAAAUAAGCACGUUUGUAAGUAAUGAAAACUGAUUGAUAUAAUGUACAUCUAACAUUUCUUAACUUUCUUGACAGUAACAUUCAAAGCUUAACAUUUUACAACUGCCUAUACCUGUGCACUGAAUCUCUUCCAAAUUGAAGAGUCAAACUUGUUUAAUCUAAAUCACUUUGCAGACUUCAUCACAUUAGUUGGCUUUUUAAAAACCCUAUCAAAUUUAAUAAGGACAUAUCCUAUAGUUGGUUGUCAUUUAAAUCUUAUUAUCAGGUCAUUUAGAUAAACCAAGGACAGAUUAAUCCCUUCUUUGACAAAUUGGGGAUUUUAAAUGUUGGUGGAAAUCUGGUGUGAGAGCAUGAGUUCUGAAGCUUUGGCAUUAAAGGGUUAAUCAGAUGGUGUAGUCCUUGAAGCCCUGUUGAGUGUGUUAGCUGGAAAGAAUUGAAUGGUUUAGAAAUAGUGUACUGUGAAACAAAUUAGAAGUAUUAGUGUAAUUGAAAUUCAAGAGUGCUUCUUAAAAUCCACAUCAUACUCCACUACUCAUCUUCCUGCUCUCAUGAGAAGUAUUUUGCAUUGGACACUCACACAGACAUGUAGAAUUAUCUUACAGUAGGCCCAUGCCUUCCUUCUAAUGCAUGCCUUCUGAUGCUUUUGUAUUUUUCAAGGGAAAUAUUUUCAGUAUGUAUUUACAAAAGAUGUAAAUACUUUUAAUGCACAGUUCUUUCAAAUUAAUACAGUUUUUUUUUUUUCAAUAAAAGAUGAAUGAAAAAUGGUUCAUUCACAGAGGAAGAAAUGCAAAUGAAUAGUUGUGUUCCUAAUGUUCUAAUCAGGUUCAAAUUGAUAAUGAAUACCAAGUUGUUAGCCUGGUAUAUUUAAGUAUCAGCUGAUAAGACGAGAUAAGGGGAAGAAAUGAGAAAUUAAUACUGGAGAAGUUGCACUGUUCUCAUUAUAAGCAGCUGAUAAGUACCAGGAAAACAUGAACUACCUGUACAAUUAGAUAUUAAAUUAAUACAGGCACUUACAAAACUAUCCAAAAGUGAAGACUUUGAUUAUGUCACCCAAAAAGACAUGUGGAAGACCUAACCUCCAUAGUUUGAGAUUGGAGCUGUGUUUGUAAAUGGGACUCUUGUAGAAAGAGAUGAAACCAUUGAUUCACCCAGUAUGACUGACAUCCUAGUGGUGAGAGGACAGGAGAAGGCCAUAUGAUGUCCCUGUGAGCUAUGGGCACCCAGGGGAUGCAGAAGUAAAGAGGCAGCCAUGGCGUGUUCUCCCGUGGUAUCUCAGGAUCUAACCAUGCUGAUGUUCAGGGAGAUGUGAAAUAGUCUGUCCUCACACCCAGGCUGUGGUUCUUCCAGCAGUCAUGAAAUGUGUGUGUAGAACCCAGGAGCUCUCACGUGUGGCAGCAGUAACCAAAUAGAAGAGGACUGAGUGAGCUCCAGAGAGUCAAAUAGGAUACUUUAAAAGUAACUUGUACUGUAUAUGGAGAAAAAAUACUGUGGAAAAAGUGUUAUUUCUUGUGUCAAUUGAAGUUCAAUGUACAACAGUUUGAAGCAAGGAAGAGUUUGAUGGAAUGACUCUGAAAUCCAACGGAAGGACUUUUGUUGUUGUUCAAACAGGAAGCCAGAGCUGGGAGUGAAAUAUGAAAAAGAAUGUUGAGAAAACUAGCUCUGCCUACUAUUACAACUUACACCUCAAUACGUGACACUUGCCUAGUGUGUACGAGGACCUGGGUUUGAUCCCUAGAGCUCACACACCAAGUGCAUGCACACAUACUUUCUGUAAAGAGAAAAUGGGGUCAGGAGCAAAUUAUAUAUGAUAUAUAUAUAUAUGGAAAUACAUACAAAUUUACAUGUACAUACAUAAAUUCAGUGUAUGAUAAAAGGUAUUUUAGACCCCUGGAGGAAAAAUAGAUUAUUAUUGACUCGCUAGCAAUCUGAAAAACAAAAUACAGAUAUUUUUACCUCUGACACCAAAAUACAUUUAAGUUGGUCAAAGAUUUCAAUAUGAAAGAGAAAAAGAAUAAAAAGCUGGAAGAAACUACUGAUGAAGACUUUUUCAAUUCGUGCAGUGAGUAGAGAAGAUGGAGCUUAGUGCACUGUUAGGAGAAUAUUUUCAAGAUUCUCCACAAAUUAAUGUUAGAUGCAACCCAGCCUGCAUCAAAACUAGGGAUAGGGCAAAUAAGCAGAAGACUACCUCGGAAAAUCUUAAGAUGGAGCCUGGUCAGGAGAAAGGUAAGAAGCAUUGCCGAGGAUGCUGAAGUUUAAGCUACCCAUCGGGAAGGGUGGAACUGGUGUCAUCUAAGACGCCCACAGAAGAGACAAAAGAGAGCUGUACCCAGCAUUUAUCACAUGCUUGCCUCAUAGAGCCUCGGCAGUGGUGCACACCUUUAAUCCCAGCACUCAGGAGGCAGAAGCAGGUGGAUCUCUGUGAGUUCAAGUCCAGCCUGGUCUACAGAGUGAGUUCCAGGACAGCCAAGGCCACACAGAGAAACCCUGUCUAGGAAAAAACAAAAAAAUAGGAAAAGAAGAAAAGAAAUCAAUUGAGGAAGCUUGGACAUUGGAUAAUUGAUACCAAUGAAUUAGUAUUAAUUUCUUAGUUGUGAUGUUGUUAUAUUUGGUUGUGUUUUUUUUUUAACAGCGGUGCAUAUCUUUGAGAGGUUAUGCUGGUGUAUUGAUCAACUAAAUUACAACAUGGAUGAGUUUUUCUUGAAAGCAAUUCAACAGACUGAGACAGUCACUGCUGACAUGGUCAUUUUGUUUUGCUUACUUAUUGUUGAGACCAUAAAGUUCUUCCCAUAUCCUGGAUACUGUACCACAUGUAUCUUUGGGACGUACUUCCUCCCAAUCUAGCAUAUAGGUGGCCAGUUCUUCAGCACUAUUUGCUAAACAGACUGCGCUUGCCGUUUUCCGAUUAAUUGGCCAAGUUCUGUGGGCUGCUUCCGGACCCUGUUCUGUUCCACUGACCCAUUUUCUGUCCUUUCAACACCACCUGUCUCGACUGCUCUCACUUUAUAGCAAACCUUGAAAUUGGACAGUGCUAUCCCCCAUCAGCCUGUGUUAUUUAUUCUGGGUGGUGUUUUUAUUUAUUUAUUUAUUUAUUUAUUUAUUUAUUUAUUUAUUUAUUUAAUCCAUGAAUCAAUUCAUUGGUCUCCACAGAUAACCUGCUGAGAUUUUGAUGGGAUUGCAUGAGGCUGUAGAUGAAUGAAGUCAAGAAGGACUGACAUCUUAACACUGUCGCUAAAAACAUGGAUGUCUAUCUAGUUUUUUAUUUUGUUCCCUGUAAUUUGCCCCAAGGACAUCUUGUAUGGAUUCUGUUAGUUAACACCUGUGUAUUUCAUUUUCCAGGCAUUCAGAAAUAAAUUAUACUGUGCUUUUA